AUGGUGGAAAAGGCACUGGAAAAUACCAGGGGUAACUACAACUACUCUGAGAGCCUUCUGUCACAAACACUUUCCCCCACACCUCGAGGUCUCAGUGGAGCCCUGGUGAAACAACAGAUAAUUAGAGAUCCAGUCAGGCUUUGGAAUCUCUUAGGUAGCACCUACUGGUUUACUACUUCAAGCUCCCAGAGGAGUAACCAGAAGAAUGGAGGGUUCAAAAAGAAAUCUCCACAGGAGGAUGAUGAGGAGGAGAAACGCAGAAAAAGGGAAAAUCAGCUGCACCUGGAACGCCUGCGGGCCCUGCUCAUCCUGACACUCAUAGUGCUGAUGUUCCGGUUCAUGGUCACUGAGAACAGAGAAGGGACUAGCAUUUCCUGGAACUACUUUGUCAAUGAGAUGCUGGCAAAGGGUGAGGUCCAGAGAAUUGAAGUGGUGCCUGAGAGUGACAUUGUGGAGGUUUAUCUGCACCCAGGAGGAACUCCCCAUGGACAAGUUAACGUGACCCUGUUGUACACCAUGCGGGUGGCAAACAUUGACAAAUUUGAAGAGAAGCUGAGAGCUGCAGAGGACGAGCUGAAUAUUGAUGAGAGAGAGAGAAUCCCUGUUUCCUACAAACAUCCUGGCAUUUAUGGAAAUGAUCUCACUUCCCUGCUGGUGACCCUUGUGGUUCUGUCCAUGCUCUGGAGCCUCUUCCGCCUCAUUCGGGUUGCAGGCCGGGCAGGAGGAUUCAACGCCUUUAACCAGUUGAAGAUGGCUCGUUUCACCAUCGUGGAUGGGAAGUCGGGAAAAGGGAUUGGCUUCAAGGAUGUGGCGGGAAUGCACGAAGCAAAAAUGGAAGUCAAAGAGUUUGUGGACUAUUUAAAGAGUCCUGAUCGCUACCUUCAGCUUGGGGCUAAAGUACCCAAGGGUGCCCUAUUACUAGGACCACCAGGCUGUGGGAAGACCUUGCUGGCCAAGGCUGUGGCUACAGAAGCACAAGUGCCAUUCUUGGCCAUGGCAGGCUCUGAGUUUGUGGAGGUCAUAGGAGGUCUUGGAGCUGCCAGGGUCCGGAGCCUGUUCAGAGAAGCCCAGGCUCGUGCCCCCUGCAUCGUCUACAUCGACGAGAUCGAUGCUGUGGGCAAGAAACGUUCGACCAACAUCUCUGGGUUUGCCAAUGCUGAAGAGGAGCAGACUUUAAACCAGCUGCUGGUGGAAAUGGAUGGAAUGGGAACUGCAGACCAUGUCAUAGUGCUGGCUUCCACCAACCGUGCUGAUGUCUUGGAUAAUGCCUUGAUGAGGCCUGGGAGGCUCGACAGGCACAUCUUUAUUGAUCUUCCUACCCUCCAGGAGAGAAGAGAGAUCUUCGAGCAGCACCUGAAGGGGCUCAAGCUGAUCCAAGAUGCCAGCUUCUACUCUCAGCACCUUGCUGAACUGACUCCAGGCUUCAGUGGAGCUGACAUAGCAAAUAUAUGUAAUGAAGCUGCUCUUCAUGCUGCCAGAGAAGGUCACAAAUCCAUCGAUACCUCCAACUUCGAGUAUGCUGUGGAAAGAGUCAUUGCUGGCACUGCCAAAAGAAAUCAGAUCUUGUCACCAGAAGAGAGGAAGGUUGUGGCAUUCCACGAGUCGGGCCAUGCCUUGGUGGGCUGGCUGCUGGAGCACACGGAGGCUGUGAUGAAGGUGUCCAUAGCCCCUCGGACUAACGCCGCGCUGGGAUUUGCUCAGAUCCUUCCCAGAGAGCAGUACCUCUUCACCAAGGAGCAGCUGCUGGAGAGGAUGUGCAUGGCUCUGGGGGGCAGAGUGGCUGAGGCCAUCACCUUUAACAAAGUCACCACAGGAGCUCAGGAUGACCUGAAGAAGGUGACCAAGAUAGCCUACUCCAUGGUGAAGCAGUACGGGAUGGUGCCCAGCAUCGGGCAACUCUCCUUCCCAGACCUGGAGAGUGCCCCGGGAAUCGGUCGGCGCCCUUUCAGCCAGGGACUGCAGCAAAUGAUGGACCAUGAAGCCAAAGUCCUGGUGGCUCAGGCUUACAGGCGCACAGAAAAUCUCUUACUGGAGAACCGGGACAAGCUGCAAAAGCUGUCUGAUGCCCUCCUGGAGAAAGAAGUGAUAAAUUAUGAUGACAUUGAAGCUUUGAUUGGGCCUCCACCCUAUGGGCCAAAGAAAAUGAUAGCUCCUCAGAGCUGGCUGCAAGCAGAGAGGGACAAGCAAGACUCAAGAGAUGAAGAAAUGCCCCAGCAGCCACCAAACCACGAGGAGGAGGAAGAACCACGGCUGAGACCAGUAUGA